AUGUUCGCCCUUCGCCGCGCUGCUAUUAGAGCUGCACCCAUUGCUGCUCGUACUUCUGUUAGACCUUUCUCCGUUUUCGGCGCUCGUCUUUCUGGAGCCGUUGGUCAUCCCUCUGAAUCCAACCUUGGUCCCGGAUCUGAAGACGGCAAAGUCCCAACUGAUCUUGAACAAGCUACAGGUUUAGAAAGACAAGAAUUGCUCGCUAAGUUAGAAGGCAAAGAGUUUUUUGAUUUGGAACCUUUGAAUAUGACCCACAUUGGUACAAAAUCCAACCCUAUUGUUGUGAAAUCUCAUGAUCCUAUUCGUUUCGUUGGCUGUACUGGUUUCCCCGCUGAAUCACACGAAGUCAUUUGGAUCAACUUGGAUAAAUCUCACGAAUACGAUCGUUGUCCCGAAUGUGGCUCUGUUUUCAAAAUGGAUUUCGUAGGUGCUGAAGAUGCUCACCACCAUUAA